AAUAUAAACUAAUUAAAGAAAUAAUUGUGCUUAUUUAAUUUUAAAGGUUUACUUUUUAAUUAUAUAUUAUAAAAUUAUAGAAUAAUAUAUUAUAGUUUUUUGUUGAUUUGUAGUUAGACUAAGUUUAAUAGGGUUCAAGAAUGUUUUGGGUUGGAGUCAAUAUAACAUAUUUGAUGAUAAUUAAACAAGUUUCCUAUAAAAAAAUUCAGUUUUAAAUUAUAAAAAUAACAACACCGCCUGGCGAUGAGUUCGGCGAUCUAGGGUUUCAAUGAUUUCUCGAAGAUGGGAUCCGAGUAUUAUCGUAGAAGAUUGGUUUGGUACGGAUGUUCAAGGCUACACUCCAGAUGGAUGGAAAUGGGGUUUUAUUUUGGAUCAAUUGGGGAUUGAUUUGGGUAUCAAUAAGGAGAUUUUGGGGAGAUUAAGGAAACUCAAGAUCUGGUUUGAAUGGAGUCUGAUUCCGAUCAUCAUCAAGACGGAAUCGCGGUUUUAUGAAGUCAGUUGUUGUGCCACGGCGAGGACAUGAAGAAUGGUGAAGGUACCCGUAAGAGACUGAAGAUCUCGGUGGCGCAUUUCGACAAUUCUUCGUUAAUCAAGACCUACUCCAAAACCCUUAUUGGAAGGUGUAUGAAUCCGGAGGAGCAGGAGAUGAAGGCGCUGUUCACAAAUCUUCCAAAGAUUUGGAAAAUGGAGGAAAAGGUUAUUGGAAUUGAUUUGGGAUUUGGCAGGUUCCAGUUUGACUUCAAGACGGAGGAGGAUCUUCAAGCGGUGCUGAAGCAGCAGCCUUUCCACUUCGACUAUUGGAUGCUUUCCUUGGCGAGAUGGCAACCAAAGCAGUCCAAAUCAUUCCCAUCAGAGAUAAUGUUCUGGAUCAGAAUCAUUGGGGUCCAGCUAGAGUUUAGAACGGUGCCUACGUUUGAAAGUAUUGGAGAUGCUCUGGGAAGAACGGUUGCAGUGGAUCUGAUUCAUAAUCGUAUACAGGUGGUGAUUGAUGCUUUCAAGGAGCUAUGUUUCGAAACUACUGUGGAUUUCAAAGGAGGGGAGUUUUAUGAUGGUGAAGAAGUGGCGAUAUCAUUGUGCUACGAAAAGCUCUUUGGUUACUGCAAGUUAUGCGCUAGUCUCUGCCACAAGGAGGAGCUAUGUCCACUCGAGUUGAAGAAUUCAAAGACGAGUCCAGAGAGAAAGUGGGAGAUCAGAGAGGGAAAUGGAGGAUGGUCUGAUGGGGUAAAGCACGAUGAUCGAGCUAGGAUUUACUAAGGCAAGGGUAAAGGCAAGAUGUUUGAAGCACCAGAUUCUAAAUGGGUUAAGGUGGCUGAGAGAGGACAUAGGAGACCCUCAAAUCAUCUUGGAUACUACAAAGGAGAGAGCGAGGGCUCACGGUACAAAUCUGAAUGUAGAGAAGAUGGGAGAAAUGGUGUUCCAGAAGCGGGAACUGGUGCUCAAGAAGCAUAUAUUAGACCUUCCUCAGGACAGCCUAGAGCAGAUCAAGUUCAGAAGAUUCCACCUGAGGAAGCGCGAGAAGAAGGAGAGAUCAAGAACACUGGAGAGGAUGAUACGUUGUUACCUUCUCUAGAGUUCCAAUUGGAGCUGGCCAAGACGCAUGCAGGGGGCACAGAGGUAAUUGUGGAGUCUACUGAUGAGGAUAAGGGGCUACAGUUGGUUUGAGGAUUGGUAGAACAACAUGACGAUCAAGAAGAUGAUUUUGAAAUGGAGAUGGACGCUAUUAAUGAUACUUUAUCGGAGUGUGGUGUUGAUAUGGAGGCAGAAGAGGAGUUUCAGACUCUCUCGGAGGAGGAAGUUGAGCAAGCUGAGCACACUUCCCGGGCUCAGGAGGAGCAAGUUCGUACACAAGGGGAAGAAGAGGUGGUGCCUGGAGAAGCUGACAUCGAGAAAGGAACAUGGGCAGGGGAUCUGGCAUUGAAGCAAGGAAGCCGUAAGAGGCUUUUUAAGCCUUCCAUCAAUACGGCAGGAAGUACCAAGAUGAGGAUGGCUAGUGCGCAUGUCUCCCCACGAAGAAAGGCUGCAGCCAAGGUGGGACCUCGCCAUGGAGAAGGCAGUAAACCGCCGGAGAGUAAGGGUCCUUCAAACCCGAAACCAGCAAACCUAAAAUUUUAAGGCUGUGGAUCAAGUCUUAUCCACAGUAAGAUUAAGCAAGAAGGAAUUGGCUUUUUUUGGGGGGGGGGGGGGGGGGGGUUUCAAUUAUUAUAAUAAGAUUUAUGAGUAUUGAUGUUUUCAUUAGUUCUAAGGGUAGAAGGGAAGUAGUUAUUGCUUUGUCUCCUUGGUUUACUUUCAUUCUUUGGAAUAAUAAUGAUUUUUGGUUUCACGAUGCUCUGGUUUGGUAAUGGCCAUCGUUUUCUUCGGUGAUGGAUCUUUAAUUUUGGAAAUGAAGUAUGGACAUGCUGGGGGAGUUAUAUAUAUAUAUGAAUGUCUUUUAUAUCAUUAUGGUAUCGAUGGUAUGUGAACAAUGGAGGGGAGAGAUAUAUGUAAACAAAACUGGAAUCUUGGCUCAGUAUUGGAAUGUGUGUAGACUCUUUUAUCUUAAUUGGCAGGAGGGGAAAAGCUUUGAGAAUCUGUGGUUGAGGCUUUUUAGGAUACGAAGAGGGGUCGUGGGAAGAUCAUUAUGGAGUUUAGAGAACGUACAUGAGGUUCAUCACAUAGAAGUCAUAUGGCGAUCAUUACAUCAAGAAAAGUGUUCAAUGUAAUGUCUGAUAUGAACUAUGGGUUAGAUUUUUCAGAUUUUCAGGUGUUAUCAGACUAUAAGAGUGUCCAUAUUCUUUUUUUCUUUUGUAUUAUUAUUUUGUGGAGUGUAAGGAUAAUUAGGAAAAAUUUUGGUACUGUAGUCGUAGGCUUCGAUGUCAACACUCAUGCUGAAGAGUGGUAUGUUAAUAUGUUGGAAUCACGUGCUUUAUUAGGCAAAUGGUCACACUUAGAAGAGUUUUACAUUGGCACUUAUAUGAAAUCUAUGGUGAAGUACAGGCUUGAGGAAAUAUGGAGAAAUUAUAAUCACACUCGCUGGAAUGGAUUAUUUGUUAUAAUUAAUUCGGAGUUUAUAAGAAGUUAUUUUUGUACGGUAUUACACUAUGAUUGGCCUAGUGUAAUCUUAUUGGCAACACGUUUUUUUGUUGGUCUCCUUUGGGGGGUUUUGGAGUUUAUUGUUACUAGAAUACAUCUUAAACUUGGCUUUGGUAAAUAAAAGUACGAUCAUUUUGGUUUCGAUUCGCGACUGGCGGCUGCUUGGAAAAAUUUGGUACAAUGGUUAUCAUCAGGAUACUGAAUUACGACGGCAUGUGUUUGUUUUACAUAGGUUUGGUGAGUAUUUGAAUGCAAUUGUGAUUGGUGGCUAUGGGACUUUUAGGUUAAAACAUUAUCGGGUAUCAUUAAACAUGUACCUUAUGGUUCGAAGGAGCAAUACAAAUAUUGUUAUAUAUGAAAAUAUUAAGCUGGAAUUGUAGAGGAUUCGGAAGUCAUUGGACCAUAAGUUAUCUUCAGGAGAUAUGAUACAAACAUAAACCAGAAUUUUUAUUUUUAUCUGAAACGAAACAUGAUUUCGAAUUCGUACAAAGGUUUCAAUCACACUUUGGCUAUGAUAGUCUGGUUACUGUGGAACCAAAUGGGAGGAGCGGUGGUUUAACUCUCUUUUAUAACAAUGAGUACCAAGCUAAAAUUUUAUAUUCUAGCAAAAGGAUGAUAGAUAUUGAGGCGGUGGCCAAAGGAAAACAAGUUUUUCUUACUCUUGUCUACGGAGAACCGGUACAAAAGUUAAGAGAACAUGUCUGGGAAAGACUAACUCGGUAUGGAUUUUCACGAUCUGAACCUUGGUUUAUUAUUGGAGAUCUAAAUGAGAUCACUGGAAAUCAUGAAAAGGAUGGGGGAUCCCUAAAAUGUGCAACUUCCUUCAUUCCUUUUAACAACAUGAUAAGGAAUAGUGGACUACUAGGAUUUCCGGCUCGAGGUAAUAAAUUUUCAUGGCAAGGAAGGAGAGGCAAAGGAAAAGGAGCAGUGACGGUCAAAUGAGGAAUGGCAUACGCUUUUCCCAUGCUCCUACACAGAAUACUUGAGGUUGGUGGGUUCUGAUCAUCGUCCCGUGGUCGCUUUUUUGAGGAUAACUUAUCAAGGAAAAAAAGGGGACAGUUCAGGUUUGAUAAGAGAUGGAUCGGACAGGAGGGUUGUAGCAUCCCCGAUCCUAGAUAGGAUUGUUGGGACAAGCCAUGGUGCGAGGAGACGCACCAGUCAGGUAAUCAGACCUAAGGACAAGCGUAUCAUGGCUCAAUGAUAAGGUUAAGGGCAUCAGUAAGCUGAGACUUAACCAAGAUGAAGUAAAGAGAAGCUUAAGAGAGCUAGGCGAGUAAUCCGGCAGCUAGGCGAGGUCUGGAUCAAGCUCAAC